CCCCCCACCACGCUCGGCCCCCUCCCUCCCCGCCACCACCGUCCGCGAUCGGCCGGCCGCGGGGAAGGAAGAAAGGAGCCAAGGAGGCGGAGACAUGGAUCCGCAGCCCCCUCCACCUGCCCAGGGCAGCCCACCACACCGUGGCCGGGGCCGGGGCCGAGGCCGGGGCCGGGGUCGUGGUCGUGGUCGUGGCAGGGGAGGCGCUGGAGCCCCUCGGGCGCCCCUGCCCUGCCCCACCUGUGGCCGCCUCUUCCGCUUCCCUUACUACCUCUCCCGGCACCGGCUGAGCCACUCAGGCCUCCGUCCCCACGCCUGUCCCCUGUGCCCGAAGGCCUUCCGCCGGCCUGCCCAUCUCUCCCGCCACCUGCGAGGCCACGGGCCCCAGCCCCCGCUGCGCUGCGCCGCCUGCCCUCGCACCUUCCCGGAGCCCGCCCAGCUCAGGCGCCACCUGGCCCAGGAGCACGCGGGCGGCGAGGUGGAGCUGGCCAUCGAGAGGGCAGCCAAGGAGGCGGCCGAGUCCAGCUGGAGCCCUCAGGAGGAGGGCGCAGAGCAGCCCGCCACUGCAGUGGCCGGGGCCGCGGAGGAGGAGACAGCGUGGCCCGAGUCGUGGCCUGCCGGGGAUCCAGCCCCACUGGCGGCCCCCGCGAGCGUCGAGCCCCGGGAGGCGGAGGCGGAGGAGGCCGAGGCUGGGGCAGCCGAGCUGAGAGCCGAGUUGGCGCUGGCGGCCGGGCGGCAGGAGGAGAAGCAGGUCCUGCUCCAGGCCGACUGGACGCUGCUGUGCCUCCGCUGCCGCGAAGCCUUUGCCACCAAGGGCGAGCUCAAAGCGCACCCGUGUCUGCGCCCCGAGGGCGAACAGGAGGGUGAAGGGGGACCCCCGCCACGCCCCAAGCGACACCAGUGCUCCAUCUGCCUCAAGGCCUUCGCCAGGCCCUGGUCCCUGUCGCGCCACCGGCUGGUCCACUCCACGGACCGCCCUUUUGUGUGCCCAGACUGCGGCCUAGCCUUCCGCCUCGCCUCCUACCUCCGCCAGCACCGCCGCGUCCACGGAGCGCUCAGCCUGCUGGCCCCGCUGCCCGGGGCGGGCAAGAAGGACGACAAGGCCUCAGGUGGACGGAACUCAGGGAAAGGGCCUGAGGGGGGCGAAGGGGCCGAGUGCGGGGGUGCCCCCGAAGGGGGAGAAGGCGGGCAGAACGGAGGAGACACCGCCCCAGCCCGGCCCCCAGCGGGGGAGCCCCGCUUCUGGUGUCCCGAGUGCGGCAAAGGUUUCCGACGCCGGGCACACCUGCGGCAGCACGGUGUGACCCACUCGGGGGCGCGCCCCUUCCAGUGCGUGCGUUGCCAGCGGGAGUUCAAGCGGCUGGCGGACCUGGCCCGCCACGCGCAGGUCCAUGCUGGCGGCCCGGCCCCGCACCCGUGCCCGCGCUGCCCACGGCGCUUCUCGCGAGCCUACAGCCUCCUUCGCCACCAGCGCUGCCACCGCGCAGAGCUGGAGAGGGCGGCGGCGCUGCAGGCGCUCCAGGCCCAGGCCGCGCCUUCGCCCCAGCCACCUGAGCAGGAUGCGGAAGGGCUCCCUCUGCCCCUCUCACACAUCAAGGAAGAGCCACCCUCCCCCGGGACCCCACCCCGCUCCCCUCCCGCUCCCCCCGUCUUCCUCAGCGCCUCCUGUUUCGACAGCCAAGACCACUCGGCCUUUGAGAUGGAGGAAGAAGAGGUAGACAGCAAAGCGCAUCUGCGCGGCCUGGGAGGCCUGGCCUCCUGACCCUUGUACCCACCCUCCGCCCCUCCGUUCGAGCUCUGGGUUCGCAGUAUGGAGGAGGGAAGUUGAAGGAGAGGCACCUCCUGUCUACCCUGCCCCAAGCCCUUGACACUAAGGAGAGGAGGCCCUGGGCCACCCACCGUCCCCAUUGCCCAUCCCUAGACCCCUGAUGCCGGUUAGGAACCGAUCGCCCCGACCCGUGUCUUAAGGCAGAACGACUUGGAAAAGGAGGCGGAGGACAUUUGGCCAGAGGGACUCAGACUGGUGGGUUUGCCCCAGCCUGCCUGUUCCCUGUGACAUACACUGGACACCAUCACCUCUUUGGAACUGCCAGACCCUGGGGGUUUCCAGUGAUCAAAGGUCUGUCCCUGUUCCUCUGUCUGUGAAUAAAUGUGAG